AUCAUGUCUACUGAUGACUCAUCAUCCUACAUCACCAACUUUCAUCAACAAAAUGGCAACUCCGUUGGGGAGGUCGUCUUAGAGCUUCAUCCUGUUCUGCUUCUCUUCGGCGGUAAAAUAUUUUCAACAUUCUUCCUCAGUAAUAUCUGUUCGGCUCUUGCAAAAAUUUUUUGACCAUACUUAUCACAAAGGCACCUUCGUCUUGCAUUGCCGAUGGAAAUUAGUAACCUGGUCAAGAUGAUGGAUGCGAAGGUCAGCAGCCAUGUUUGUCAAUGGAUGCUUUCAAUGAUCUCUUGCAAGGAAUCUUUGACCCAAACCUUGCAUCUUUGGUCUAGAUUAUCUAGGUCUUGCAUGAGGACCAACAAAAGACCAACUAGCUCCUCGCCAACUUGCAAACUCAACAUACCGUGCAAGACCAUGCAACAUAAGUCGGCUCCACCAACAAUUGCAGCCGCUAGCACUAAUGGAGCUUCGCCCAACGUAGUUGACUCUACUCAAGGCUUUGUCACCAUGGUAGAUCUCAAUGCUUUUUUAAAUAGGGAGCAUUCUAGGCAAGGUCCAAUCACCUUCCAAUUUGUUCACGAUCCACCCAACCCAAAAGAGGGCAGUGCUGUAGAGCACAUCAACAAGCUCCUUGAUGCCAUGGAGGUUCAUGUUGGUGAUAAAGAUUUGUGCCUUCGUGAGUUCUCAAAAUCUCUCUCUGAUAAAGCUUACAUGUGUGAAGAACGCAUCACCAUCCUUGAUCUCCACAACACUUGCCAAUGUACCGAUGAGGAUUUGAUGGUUUAUGUGAAGAGGCUUAGAGAUUUGGCACUUGAUUGCUACAGCGGCCAUGCUGAGUCUUUCUGGACAGCCAUUUUUGUCAAAAACAUGUCUAUUGGGAAGUCUAUGGCGAAGCUGGCAGAAAGGAAAGCCAUCGUUCAUACCUUAUCUGUCUCUAUCUAUAAUAAGUGGAUCAUUGAUGAUGCCAUUCUGUUGCCUCAGUCACUUCGCAAUCCAGUGAUGAUGACAAGUGCAAUCCCAAAAGCCAUCCUCUCUAUCGUUGAUGAGGCAAGAGGAGAAUGCAUUAAUGUCGAAGCACAUGCUAACCGUGCUUAUCUUGAAUCCUUUAAUGCCAUCACAUUCACUGACGAAGAUAUGGAGGCACCAUAUCCUGACCAUAGAAAGCCUCUUUAUUUAUCUACUCAGAUUAAUUUUAUCGGUAUUAUACGUGCACUUGUCGAUACUGGAUCAUCUCUCAACUUGAUACCAUUGAGCACCAUCAUUGUUGUAGGGAUCCCCCAGAUAAGGAUCGUCAGGUCUCCACUCAACAUUAUUGGCUUUGGCAGCGGUAGUGAACAUGCCCUUGGAUACAUUCAGCUCAAAUUAAAGAUCAAAUGCAACGUUGACUUUCGCAACCUCAACAAGGCAUACCCAAAGGAUGAAUUCUCUAUUCCAAAUAUGGAUGUGCUAAUGGACAAUACUGCUAGCGGCAAGAUGUAUUCCCUCAUGGAUGGCAACAGUGGAUAUAAUCAAGUCAAGGAGCAGCAACGUGCCUUUCUGCAUCUGCAAGAUCUCAUGCUUAAAUUGACAACCAUAUUAGUUCCCAUUCAAGGCAGACCACUUAAAGUUUAUCUGUCUACUUUGGACAAAGCUAUGGGUGGUCUAGUUGCCCAAGACGAUAAAGAAGGCAAAGAACAAUCAAUUUAUUAUGUUAGCCAAAACCUUAAGGGUGUUGAAUCGAUAAACCUUCUUGUUGAGAAAAUUUGCCUUGCAUUGAUUUAUUCGUCUCUCAAUUGGCUCCUUAAGUUAUCUCAAUAUGAUAUCACCUGCGUUAAUCCUAUCGCUAUCAAGGGACAAGCUGUUGUAGACUUGCUAUUUGAAUUCUCUAGCAAAGUCCAGUAUCCUUUUUCUGAUGAAGUCCCAGGUGGUAAGAUUGCUGCUGUGCAAGAAAUUGAGGAAGAGUGGAUACUGCACUUUGAUGGUUUUUCCAUGGUUGAAAGGGCUAGGGCUAGCAUUGUUCUUAGAGAUGGGGAAAAGCCAUGACACAAUAUUUUCAUUCAAGCUCGAUUUCUAGUCAUAAACAAUAUGGCAGAGU